ACACGACAAGUCUUCCACUUUCUGUGUUCAGUUUGUGCGGCACGAAUCGUCAUUUUGAAAUUCACUACAGCGGGUUUUCUUUCACAAUCGAAGUGAGUAAGCUCUUCCUGUAAAAGACACAAAGGAACUAAAAAGAGGAAGAGAGCGGACGGAGAGGUGAUGGACACGACAGAUGAGAGCUUUAGUCCAGUCAUCGUCACCAACGGUGCUUACCCGGUACGAUGCAGUGAGGAAGUCCUUCUGCCUUUCUUCACAGAUGAGAGUCUGCAGGACGCCAUGGACUCUCAAACCCCCCCUUCCUCCCACAGCACCCCCCCGGCUCUCCAAGAGCUCAGACUGGUCCUACUGGGCAGGAAAGGAGCUGGGAAAAGCGCGGCGGGCAACACCAUCCUAGGAGUUGCGGGAGGUUUCGAGAGCGGGAAGCCUACGGAGGAGUGUGUGAAGAGGCGAGCUGAUGUGGCGGGGAGGAAAGUCACAGUGGUGGACACCCCAGGGUGGGAGUGGUAUUACCCGCUCAACAGCACCCCAAACUGGGUGAGGAGAGAGACUGUACGGAGUGUCUCGCUUUGCCCGUCUGGACCCCACGCUGUGCUCCUGGUGGUGCGAUCCUGCGCCUCGGUCACAGAGGACUACAUCAGGGAGAUCGAGGAGCAUCUAGAGCCGCUGGGGAAAGGAGUCUGGGAGCACACCAUGCUGCUCUUCACCAGGGGAGAUGAACUGGGUUUGGUUUCCAUGGAGCAGCGGAUUUUGACAAGCGGCCCGGCGCUGCAGAAGCUUCUCCAGAAGUGCGGGAACAGGUACCAUGUGGUGGAUAACCGGAGCAAAGGAGAUGGGACGCAGGUGAAAGAGCUGAUAAGGAAGCUGGAGGAGAUGGUGGCGAGGAAGAAGGGUGGAAGCAGUCAUUUAGAGAUGGAUAAUACGGUCCUGGUGGGUCUGGAAGCUGACGGGAAGAGCAGAGCGAGGGAGAGGAGGAAGAAACAGAGGCAGAUGGAGGCGCAGAUGCAGAGAGGGACCAUCAAAGCAGCUCUAAUGAGUCUCAGUAACAUCAUAGGAAUUAUUGUCUACAUUUCAGCAAACUCGGGUGACCCGGGCCAGAGCGACAGCAAAAAGUCCUACUCCUACGGCUGGUCCUUCUACUUCGGCGCCCUCUCCUUCAUCAUGGCGGAGAUGGUGGGCGUGCUUGCCGUGCACAUGUUCAUCGAGAAGCACCGCAAGCAACGGGCCAAAUCCCGCACCGAGCUCAUCAAAAAGUCCACCUUCAGCCGCAUCCCUUCCUAUCGCUACCGCUUCCGGCGUCGCUCCAGCGUUCGCUCUUCCGAGGCCCCCAGCCGCGACACCUCACCUCUGGGGAAGGGCGGCUACACGGGGCCCGCCGCCUCCGAGAUGCCCAUGUACACGCUGAACCCGCGCGAGGCAGGCAACGCCGGCUCCAAACCGGGCAGCGGGAUGGGCGGGCUGCUCAACUCAGAGCGGGAGUUCCUCCAGAGCAGCACGCUCACUAAAGACUACAGCAAGGACCCCAACCGCAGGACCACGCCGGUGUGA